AUGGCCCUCCCGGCACACCACUCCGGUGGGAUCAUUUGCUACGGAGGUUUUGCUUGGGAAGAUGGCAAACAUAUGUGCAGUUCUGGUCGGCUUGUCAUGGGCAAGAGGUUCCUUAGCAGAGGCGGGCAGAUGUGCGUCCACGAGUGGGUUAUAGUUGACCAUGCUUGUUCUCAUAUUCAUAUGUAUCUGCGCCCACUUUAUGACACUCUCGGUUGGUUGGAUCUGUGUUCCAUUUCGAGAAAUAAAUUGAUAAGAUGCUUGGAUCUGAAAUUUUAUAAACCCCAAGUGGAGGCUAGUUUGUCAUACUGCGAGGAUUUCUUACAUGAGAUGUCACAUAAGGACGACAAAAUUGAUUCCUUAGUUAAAAUGGGUUUCCUGAAGACGAGGCUGCACUGGCUAUUACUAGAUGCGACCGCAGGAGAUGGUUACUAUGGCAAUUUGUCCGACUAUGAGGAUAAUUCCUAUGAUGGGAUAAACAAGGGAAGGUUCAUGGAUGGGAACAAAAAAGAGAGAAAGAGAUAUGGAGGUCAAGCACAGGGAAGUAGAGGCCCAUUAGAUGGUAGCGCUGAUGAACCCAUGCCGCUCCCAAAUCCAAUGGUUGGAUUUAGCUUGCCAGAUCAGUGGCCAAGACCAGUGAACAGGGAUCUACCUUCACAAGCUAUGGGUCCACCAUACUUCUACUACGAGAAUGUUGCUCUUGCUCCAAAAGAUGUAUGGACUAUCAUAUCAAGAUUCUUGUAUGAUAUUCAGCCGGAGUUUGUGGACUCGAAGUACUUCAUCUUCAGCCACCAGAAAAGAGGUUAUAUACACAAUUUGCCACUUGAGAACAGGUCACCUCUCCUCCCUAAACCUCCAAGGACAAUAUCCGCAACAUUUCCUCGUACCAAGAGGUGGUGGCCAUCAUGGGACCCAAGACAACAGUUCAAUUGCCUCCAGACUUGUGUGUCUAGUGCAAAACUGUUAGAGAAGAUUCGUGUAACCCUUACAAAUGAUUCAGAUCCACCUCCUCCAAGAGUUCGAAGUUGGUGUUGGAGGAGUGUAGGAAAUGGAAUCUCGCUUGGGUUGGCUUAA